GCGUGUUGUUGUGUGGUGGUGACUGCUCAAGGCUGGGCUCUGCUCUGGGAGCGUGGGGUCUGUAGGAAGCCCUACGGCUGAACUGGAGGUCCCAAGUGAAUUCAAGGCUUCGCUGUGCUGAGCACUCUGCAAAGGAGGAGGGAGCAUCACAGGACUCUGGAGAUAACUGAAACAGGGAAAAGGUUAAAAGGUCCCAAAUCACCUUGAAACUGGGAAGACCCAGCAUGUGCAAGGAUUCAAAAAUACUCUGAGGAACGUUGCAGUAGUAUUCUGCAAGGCGAUGUGAUGUGUGAGCUCUGUAUUUUGGUGCGAUCCAUCCCGAUCCCGCAACUGAAGCCCCCGGAGGGAGAAGUGCUGUGCGCUGUGAUGCGUCUUCCUCUCGCCUCGGCUGCCAGUUUGGAUUGUAGCGCCCGGCUCCGUGCACUGCGAGGAUGGCUCGGUUCGGGGAUGAUCUGCCAACACGCUAUGGAGGUGGAGGGCCAGCCGGGGCUGGAAGAGGGAGCAGCCGGCAAGGUGGCCCCCAGGCCGGCCAAAGGAUGUAUAAGCAGUCGAUGGCUCAGAGAGCCAGGACUAUGGCUCUCUACAACCCCAUCCCUGUCAAACAGAACUGCUUCACAGUCAACAGAUCCCUCUUCAUCUUCAGUGAAGAUAAUGUUAUACGGAAAUACGCCAAGCGAAUAACAGAAUGGCCUCCAUUUGAAUACAUGAUUUUAGCUACAAUCAUAGCCAAUUGUAUUGUGUUGGCUCUGGAGCAACAUUUGCCGGAUGGAGACAAGACACCUAUGUCAGAGAGAUUGGAUGACACUGAGCCGUACUUUAUUGGAAUAUUUUGUUUUGAAGCUGGUAUAAAGAUCAUCGCUCUGGGGUUUGUUUUUCACAAAGGCUCUUAUCUCCGAAAUGGCUGGAACGUGAUGGAUUUUGUUGUGGUCCUCACAGGGAUUCUGGCAACCGCUGGGACUGACUUUGACCUGCGGACCCUGCGAGCUGUCCGAGUGCUGCGGCCCCUGAAGCUGGUGUCAGGAAUCCCAAGUUUGCAGGUUGUCCUCAAGUCCAUCAUGAAGGCGAUGGUGCCCCUGCUUCAGAUCGGGCUGCUCCUCUUCUUCGCCAUCGUGAUGUUUGCCAUCAUUGGGCUGGAGUUCUACAUGGGCAAGUUUCACAAAACCUGCUUCUCCAACGAGACAGGCGACGAGGUGGGAGAUUUCCCUUGCGGAGAGGAGCCCCCUGCCAGGCAGUGCGAGACUGGGACCACCUGCAGGGAGUACUGGCAAGGGCCCAACUACGGCAUCACCAACUUCGACAACAUCCUCUUUGCUGUGCUCACCGUCUUCCAGUGCAUCACCAUGGAGGGAUGGACUGACAUCCUCUACAACACAAAUGAUGCUGCAGGAAAUACCUGGAACUGGCUUUACUUCAUCCCUCUCAUCAUCAUUGGCUCUUUCUUCAUGCUCAACUUGGUGCUGGGCGUCCUGUCAGGUGAAUUUGCCAAAGAACGAGAGAGGGUAGAAAAUCGCCGAGCAUUCCUGAAGCUCCGUAGGCAGCAGCAAAUAGAACGGGAGCUAAAUGGAUACCUGGAGUGGAUCUUCAAAGCAGAGGAGGUCAUGCUGGCUGAGGAAGACAAGAACGCAGAAGAGAAAUCUCCUCUGGACGGGAGGGCCGCCUCGGAAGGGCCGAUUCAACAAGGCACGGCACCGGCAGAGACUAGCAGCGGCAGCAGCUACAACAUGUUGAAAAGAGCUGCAAUAAAGAAGAGCAAAAAUGACCUGAUUCAUGCUGAAGAAGGUGAGGACCAUUUCACAGACAUUUGCUCCGUUGGGUCUCCUUUUGCCCGUGCCAGUUUGAAGAGUGGGAAGAACGAGAGCUCGUCCUACUUCCGGAGGAAAGAGAAAAUGUUUCGGUUCUUCAUCCGGCGCAUGGUGAAAGCUCAGAGCUUCUACUGGAUCGUGCUCUGCGUGGUCGCCCUCAACACGCUCUGCGUGGCAAUGGUGCACUACGACCAGCCGGAGAAGCUCACCACUGCGCUGUAUUUCGCAGAGUUUGUUUUUCUGGGUCUGUUCCUUACUGAGAUGUCUUUGAAGAUGUAUGGACUGGGGCCAAGAAAUUACUUCCACUCUUCAUUCAACUGCUUUGACUUUGGGGUCAUCGUGGGAAGCAUCUUUGAAGUUAUUUGGGCUGCGGUGAAGCCUGGUACCUCAUUUGGCAUCAGCGUACUGAGAGCUCUUCGACUGCUGAGGAUUUUCAAAGUCACAAAAUACUGGAAUUCCCUGAGGAAUCUCGUGGUCUCCUUGCUGAACUCCAUGAAGUCCAUCAUCAGCUUGCUCUUCCUCCUGUUCCUCUUCAUCGUGGUGUUUGCUCUGCUGGGGAUGCAGCUCUUUGGAGGACAAUUCAAUUUUCAAGACGAAACACCAACCACAAAUUUUGAUACCUUCCCAGCUGCCAUCCUCACGGUAUUCCAGAUCCUGACGGGGGAAGACUGGAACGCGGUGAUGUACCACGGCAUAGAGUCGCAGGGUGGUGUCCACUCGGGGAUGUUCUCCUCCAUUUACUUCAUCGUCCUGACGCUGUUUGGUAACUAUACACUCCUGAACGUCUUCUUGGCUAUCGCCGUGGACAAUCUGGCAAAUGCCCAAGAGCUGACCAAGGAUGAGGAGGAGAUGGAGGAAGCCACCAACCAAAAGCUCGCCCUGCAGAAGGCCAAGGAAGUAGCAGAAGUCAGCCCCAUGUCGGCAGCUAACAUUUCCAUAGCCGCUUUUGUAAAGCAAACUCGAGGUACUGUAUCUCGCAGCUCGUCAGUCUCCAGCGUAAAUUCACCCAAGCAGCAGAACUCCUCCAAAUCCAAGUCUGUCUGGGAGCAGAGGACCAGCCAGAUCCGGAUGCACAAUUUCCGAGCCAGCUGCGAGGCGCUGUACAAUGAGCUGGAUCCCGAGGAGCGGGUGCGUUACGCCACCACCCUCCACAUCCGUCCUGACAUGAAGACGCAUUUGGACCGGCCGCUGGUGGUGGAGCCGAGGGGUGAAGGGAGGAACAACAUCAGCAAGCUGAGCCCCGGGGACGUGCAGGAGGUGGAGCAGAGCAAGGUCGGCUCUGCCGAUGGAGCAGAAGCUCCACGGAAGCAUCACCGGCAUCGGGAUAAGGACAAACUGGGAGAGCAAGAGAAGUGCGAUGUGACCAAGGAGGAGAACGGGGAGUCCGGCACCAACAGUAAGGAGGAGCGGCACCGGCAGCACAGGAGCCGCAGCAAGGAGGUGGAAGGGUGCAGCAAGGAAGGGAAAAGUGACCGAACCAGGGGCCAGGAAGGGGGAAAGAGGCACCACCGCCGAGGGUCAGUGGAGGAAGGUGCCGAGAAGGAGCACCGUAGGCAUCGGACUCACCGGCACUCUGCUGAAAGGCAGGGCAAGGAAGGCAACGGGACAAUCAACGGGGCCCGGGGCGAGCGGCGUUCCCGACACCGGGGAGGGUCGAGGUCUGGGAACCGGGAAGGAGAGCCCUGUUCCAAGGGUGAGAACGGAGAAGAGCCUCACAGACGGCACAGGUUCAGGAACAGGGCGCUGUCGACGUACGAUUCAGUGGAGAAGGAGAAUGGGGAGAAGGAGGGGGAAGCUGGAGAGAAGGAGCACCGGAAUCAUCAGCCCAAGGAGAAUCAGUGUGAGAUCGAGGCUAGUGGAAGCGUGAGCGUCCCCGUGCACACCCUUCCCAGCACCUACCUGCAGAAAGUGCCGGAGCAGCCAGAAGAUGCCGACAACCAGAAGAACGUGACGCGCAUGAUUCAGCCACCUCUGGACAAAACCACCACUGUGAACAUCCCCGUGACCAUCACUGCCCCGCCGGGAGAAACCACUGUCAUACCAAUGAACAACGUAGAGUUUGAAAGUAAAACAGAGGAGAAGAAGGACGUUGAUGACUUGACAAAAAACGGGCCUAAACCAAUCUUGCCUUACAGUUCCAUGUUCAUCCUAAGUCCUACAAACCCGAUUCGGCGUCUGUUCCACUACAUCGUCAACCUGCGCUACUUUGAGAUGGUCAUCCUCAUAGUGAUAGCUCUCAGCAGCAUUGCCCUGGCUGCAGAAGACCCUGUCCAAGCCGAGUCACCAAGGAACGAUGCUCUGAAAUACUUGGAUUAUAUAUUUACGGGUGUCUUUACCUUCGAGAUGGUGAUCAAGAUGAUUGACCUGGGGCUGUUACUGCACCCCGGCUCCUAUUUCCGUGACCUGUGGAAUAUCCUGGACUUCAUUGUGGUCAGUGGGGCCUUGGUGGCAUUUGCCUUCUCGAGUUUCAUGGGAGGAACCAAAGGCAAGGACAUCAACACGAUCAAGUCGCUGCGAGUUCUGCGGGUCCUAAGACCACUGAAGACCAUUAAACGGCUGCCAAAACUAAAGGCCGUCUUUGACUGUGUGGUGAAUUCCCUGAAGAACGUCCUCAACAUCCUCAUAGUCUACAUGCUCUUCAUGUUCAUUUUUGCCGUCAUUGCUGUGCAGCUCUUCAAAGGCAGAUUCUUCUACUGCACUGAUGAGUCGAAGGAGCUGGAGAAGGACUGCAGGGGUCAGUACCUUGACUAUGAAAAAAAUGAGGUGGAGGCACAGCCCAGGGAAUGGAAAAAAUACGAGUUUCACUACGACAACGUGCUGUGGGCUCUGCUGACGCUUUUCACUGUCUCCACAGGAGAAGGGUGGCCAACUGUAUUGAAGCAUUCAGUGGAUGCUACCUACGAGGAACAGGGUCCCAGCCCUGGCUACCGAAUGGAAAUGUCUAUCUUUUACGUGGUGUAUUUUGUUGUCUUCCCUUUUUUCUUUGUGAACAUCUUUGUGGCGUUAAUCAUCAUCACCUUCCAAGAGCAAGGAGAUAAAGUGAUGUCAGAAUGCAGCCUAGAGAAAAACGAGAGGGCCUGCAUAGACUUCGCCAUAAGUGCCAAGCCACUGACCCGCUACAUGCCUCAGAACAAGCAAUCUUUUCAGUACAAGAUGUGGAAAUUUGUGGUGUCCCCUCCCUUUGAGUACUUUAUCAUGGUCAUGAUUGCACUCAAUACUAUUGUUCUCAUGAUGAAGUUCUAUGAUGCUCCAGAAGCAUAUGAAGAAAUGUUGAAAUGCCUGAAUAUUGUGUUUACAUCCAUGUUUUCAAUGGAAUGUGUGCUGAAGAUCAUUGCCUUUGGUGUGCUGAAUUAUUUCCGAGAUGCCUGGAAUGUCUUUGAUUUUGUAACAGUGUUGGGAAGUAUUACUGAUAUUUUAGUAACAGAGAUUGCGGACACGGACAACUUCAUCAACCUCAGCUUCCUGCGGCUCUUCAGGGCAGCCAGACUUAUCAAGCUCCUCCGCCAGGGUUACACUAUCCGCAUCUUGCUCUGGACGUUUGUGCAGUCCUUUAAGGCCUUGCCUUAUGUGUGUCUCCUCAUUGCAAUGCUCUUCUUCAUCUAUGCCAUUAUUGGCAUGCAGGUAUUUGGAAACAUUGCUCUGGAUGACGAGACCUCCAUCAAUCGGCACAAUAAUUUCCGUACCUUCCUGCAAGCUUUGAUGCUUCUGUUCAGGAGCGCCACGGGGGAGGCCUGGCACGAGAUCAUGCUGUCGUGCCUGAGCGGCCGGGCCUGCGACCCGCUCUCCGGCCUCACCAAGAACGAGUGCGGCAGCGACUUUGCCUAUUUCUACUUCGUGUCCUUCAUCUUCCUCUGCUCCUUCCUGAUGUUGAACCUAUUUGUGGCUGUGAUUAUGGACAACUUUGAAUACCUGACAAGAGACUCCUCCAUCCUUGGGCCCCAUCAUUUGGAUGAGUUUGUUCGUGUCUGGGCUGAAUAUGACCCAGCUGCCUGCGGGCGCAUCAGUUACACAGACAUGUAUGAGAUGCUGAGACACAUGUCCCCACCUCUAGGCCUUGGAAAGAAAUGCCCUGCUCGCGUUGCCUAUAAGCGCCUGGUGCGGAUGAACAUGCCCAUCUCACCCGAGGACCUGACGGUCCACUUCACGUCCACGCUGAUGGCCCUGAUCCGCACCGCUCUCGAAAUCAAGCUCGCCACAGGGGGUGUCAAGCAGCACCAGUGUGAUGCUGAGCUGAGAAAGGAGAUCUCCCUGGUUUGGCCCAAUCUGUCCCAGAAGACGCUGGACUUGCUGGUGCCUCCUCACAAACCCGAUGAGAUGACCGUGGGGAAGGUCUACGCAGCGCUCAUGAUAUUCGACUUCUACAAACAGAACAAGAACAGCAGGGAACAAGUCCACCAGCCUCCCGGGGGACUGUGCCAGCCCGGCCCGGUGUCGCUCUUCCACCCCCUGAAGGCCACCCUGGAGCAAACCCAGCCUGCGGCGUUCAGCAACGCGAAGGCGUUCCUCCGCCAGAAGAGCUCGGCAUCGCUCAACAACGGGGGCACGCUGCCACCCCCAGAGGGUGGGAUCAAAGAGUCCAGCUCCUGGGGAACCCAGCGCACCCAGGACGUGUUUUACGAAACCAGGACACCAGCUUUUGAACGAGGCCACUCAGAAGAAAUCCCUAUUGAGCGGGUGGUGGAAAUGAGGGAAAUCAGCCCCACUCUCACCAACGGAGAGCACCAGCCGGGUCUGGAGAGCCAGGGGCGGGCGGCUUCCAUGCCACGCCUGGCUGCCGAAACUCAGAGGAGCAAAGCACGGUCACCUGGGAGUUACCUAGCACCCAUCCCGGACACGAGCCCCAUGAAGCGCUCCAUCUCCACGCUGACCCCGCAGCGCCCGCACGCCAUGCACCUCUACGAGUACUCCCUGGAGCGCAUGCCGACCGACCAGGUGCACCACCACCACCACCACCGCUGCCACCGGCGGAAAGAGAAGAAGCAGAAGUCCUUGGACAGGUCCCCGCAUCAGCUGGCCGACGGGGAAGCCGUGGCCCAGUCUGGCGAGUCUUCUUCCAAGGACAAGAAGCAGGAGCGCGGCCGGUCCCAGGAGAGGAAGCAGCACUCCUCCUCCUCCUCCGAAAAGCAGCGCUUCUACUCCUGCGACCGCUACGGCAGCCGGGACCGCUCCCAGCCCAAGUCUGCCGAUCAGAGCAGGCCCACCUCGCCCAACGGGGGGCCGGAGCAAGGCCCACACAGACAGGGCAGUGGUUCGGUUAACGGGAGCCCCUUGCUGUCGACAUCUGGUGCUAGUACCCCCUGCCGGGGUCGGAGGCAGCUCCCGCAGACCCCCCUGACCCCACGCCCCAGCAUCACUUACAAGACCGCCAACUCCUCGCCCGUCCACUUCACCACCUCCCCGGGCGGCCUGCCCCCUUUCUCCCCGGGACGCCUGAGCCGCGGUCUGUCCGAGCACAACGCGCUGCUGCGCGGGGACCAGCAGCCGCCCCCGGCCGCGGUGGCCCGCAUCGGCUCCGACCCCUACCUGGGCCACCGCGACGCCGCUGACAGCCCCUGCGGCACGGCGCCCGAGGACACGCUCACCUUCGAGGAGGCGGUGGCCACCAACUCGGGGCGUUCCUCCAGGACUUCUUACGUCUCCUCCUUGACCUCCCAGUCUCACCAAGCCCGCCGGGUGCCCAACGGCUACCACUACACGCUGGGGCUCAACACGGGCCCCGGCAGCGGCGCCCGGGGACGGAGCUACUACCACGAAGCCGAUGAGGACGACUGGUGCUAGCGGCACGGCGAAGCCCUCGGAGGCGUGCAAAGUCGAUGAGUUUUAUCAUCUGGAAGGCUGUGCGCUCAGACACGCGGUGCCUGGGGGCAGCCCCCACCGCCAGAACUGCUCUGCCCCGCUCCGAGACCUCCGGAGACACUUGUGCAGCCUCUCUCCUUUUAUUUUUUUUUUUCCUUUAUUUUUUUUUUUCCCACUAAAAUAUACCAAGGAAGAAGGCUCCCUCCUGGGGGGCGGCGCAUCUCUCCCCCCUUCUCGCCCACCUCCCUGCUGCCUUCAAAGACGUGCACCAGAUGCCAAACCCGCGAGGCACACAAGGAGCCACGACAGCGGACAAGCAGGCCGUCGAACCUUUUUGGGCCUGGCACCAUUUUGGUUGGGCUAUUUCUUUAUUUUUUAUUUUAUUUUUCUCCCCGCCCCAGUCAGGGCGGGAGUCGGGGUUGCAAAAACAGACACCGGCGAACAAAGCUUGACCCCGCAUUUUAUCUCGUUCACCGCCGAGAGGGAAGAGAUCUACCUAAGGAACUGGGAGAGGAGGGAGAAAAACAAAAAACAACCUGCAGAUCGGAACAAAGGACGGUCCGUUGGGACUUGAUGUUCAGCCCCUUCCCAGCCGAGCCAGGAACUCGCUGCUUUGCCCCCGCCGCUGCGUGGCCCCCUCACGCUCAUCGCCUCUUCGGGUCCUUCCCACCCAGCCACCAGAAAGCCACCCGAGAGCCCCUUCGUCAGGACUGCUUCCUUGCUGCUGAGACUUUUCUUCCCGUCCCUCUCUCCUGUCGACUGCAACACGCCCUCACUGUUUUGUCUUGUUUACAAUAUAAGCUUGAUUUAGCAAAAAAAAAAAAAAAAAGAAAAAAAGAAAACCUAAAAAACAGGAAAAAAAAGAAAAGUGUAGGGGUGAGAAGAAGAAAUGUUAUUGGUUUUAUAUCAAGCUAUUAGAUAGAACUUUAACUUUUCAUUGUGUGCAUUUUUGUAAAUUGUACAGUAAAAAAAAAAAGAAAAUGGAAAAAAAAAAGAAAAAAAUUACUCUUUAUGUAGAGAAUCAGUCCAAUUGUCAUUCCAGGUCCCACCGUUUCUACCGAAUGCUCCAGUUGUUCACUACUAAGUGCCUAACCUUUGAAAUCUUUCACAGCGACGAUGCAAACCUCUCGCUUCGGACCUGGGGAGCGCGGGGGGCAGGGGCAGCACCCGGAGGAGCCGCUCAGCUCGGCUGCCCCUGCGCCUGGCUCGGCCGGCUCCUCCUGCACCGGGCUGGAAGCUGACAGUGGGGAAGGCAAACACGCUUUGGGGUUGGUUUGGGUUUUGUUGGCCUUUUUUUUUUCUUUUAUUUUUUAAUUAUAAUUUAAUUGUUGGGAGCGGGAGGGGUGUAACUGCAGCAGAAGAAACUGGCCUUUGCUCGUGGACUGGCGUUGAGGUCCUGCGGGAGAGGCGCAGGGGUGGCGGCGCAGCGCUGGCAGCGGUGCUCCUGCAGGAGGAGAAGCACCUUUCGCACUGCAUGUCUAGUCGUAGUCGGGCUGCGAGAGCUGCGGCCGUGUCCCGUGGUGCGUCGUUUGUGUUGGGGGCAGAUGGAGAGAGUCUUGUUUUUAUUGCCUGUUCAAAAGAAAAACAAAAAAAAUGAAAAAGCAAAACCUCUAACUCUGAUUCUCAGGGAUGAGAUUUCUGUGUUCUUGCAAUGACUCUUGUGUUGGACGAUUUCUUUAUUUUGUUGCACGUGUGGAUUUCUGCACUUUGAGCCGGGGGAAGAGGCAAAGAUGACUUGCCGGCAGGGAGGAAGCACCGAAAGAAAAGCCUGGGCAGGACCCGGUGUCCAUGGCUUUGACGAACUUCUGUAGGGCUAAUUUGGGGCACAGGGAGGCCAGGAGCCGCGUGGUACGCUGGCAGAAAGUUAGAGGAGGAGGGGUGGGAGGUGCCGGUAGAGCAAAAACAAUGAUAGGAAAGAGGAAAGGAUUGGACGGAUGCAUUUUGUGGGAGGCUCUACCAAGCCUCAGAACCAAGAAACUUCUCAAGGCAAAGCGGUCGCUUAAACCGGGAGGAGAUCCCGGUGGGCCCUGGUGAUAGGUUUGGCCGUGAGGGGGGUUUCAGGGUACCAGAUGCUACCAAAACGCUCAGGAGGUCGCUGAUGCUCUCGGCAAAGUCCUCCGGCCUCCCGCGGGAAGCGGUCUCCUAUAGGGUGGUUCUUCACAUCUCCUGUAGCUUUUCUGUUGAGAAAAUUCAACCUGUUGCGUUUUCGUUGCGUGUUUUCUGUUCCGUUACUAAAUGAUAAUCUCUGGCCGAUCUCAUCCCUGGAUUCUGCGAAAGGAUAACUCCUGUCUCUAUCUCUGUCUCUGUAUUUAUGUGCACUUUGAAUAAAGGAAGUGCGGUAGCCAGAGGUCCGCUAUGGGUAAUGGCUGUAAUUUGCAAACGGAGGGCUAUGCAACAAGAUGACACGUAAGGAAACACAUCCACACCACAGACAGUCAGAAAGACCUUCAUCCAUUCUGUAGCUUUAUCUGCUGGAUCUUCCUGUUUCAGGCUUCAGCAUGAUUGUGACCAAAUGUUUUAUACAUUUUCCUUAUAUGAAGGCACAAACACUUUAUUUGAAAUUUUAAAGGAAACAUUACUAUUUCACUCCAAGGAGGGAGAGGGAAAACGCAAUCUCUCUGACAGUGCAUGCAAACAUUGUACCCACACUGGAAAGCAAAAGAGAUGUCUUUCUGUACCCAACAAUUCUGCCUUUUCUCCCCCCUGCCUUGCCCCUUCCCCCAUGGUUUUAGACCUUAGACCCCCCAGCCCCUCACUAAUCCCCCCCUGGAAGCGCACAGCCCAGCGAUGGCGUGGGAUCACUUCAGUCCUUAUGCAGAACACGAAGAAGAAGCUCCAGUUGUCUAAUCCUCCACCCGCCUCGUAGGCGUUGCUUCAAACGCUGACGGUGACAGUCAAGCCUGACCACGGUUGUUCAUAUAACCCUUUUCCCUCUAUUUUUACAGCCUCUCUGCUGUCUCUUAAAUGCAUACAUCAUAUUUCCAAGAAUCCUCAUAGUGAGUUGCCAAACUUGAAUUGCACCGAUCAGUUUUUCUGCAUCCAGAACCAGUCUCGUAGUGGCUGUACUUUGAAUAAGUAAUGUUUGCAUGUAAAAUAUAUACAUAUAUACAUAUAUAUAAAAAGUAUGUGCAUGGAAAAUGUUUAUCUUCGUACUUUUUUGAUACAAUGUAUUCAUCAGUUGUUAAUUUUUAAUUAUAUUUGAUAUAAAUUGGGGUUUGUUGCAAAACUUUAUAUUUAAAAAAACAGUGUUAAAAAUUACAAAAGUUCCAACCAUGCAACACAACUGGAACUUUGCCCAAAAAAAAAAAGGAAAAAAAAAGAGAAAAAAAGGUUCUGUGAUUGCCUAGUUUGCUGCCUGAGUAAUAUUUAUCAGCCAAACUUUGAAUUCUGCAGUUGUUUCUACAAUUACAUUUUGUAUGAAGCAAAGUCCUUGAAUUAAAAUAAAAACUUAGCAAAAAACCUUACAAAUUCAAA